AUGUACUCCCAGCAAGCCCAGCCACUCCCAGUACCACAACCAGCCGUGCAUGUACAACAAUCACAGCAGUACCGACCACAGACGAGUGCUCCUACAUCGCAACCACCGCCAACAACACAGUUGCCAGUAGUCGAAAAUGUCACCGCGGCCAAGUGGGAGGGCACAGUCUCGAAGAAGGAGUCCAAGAUGGUCACACACAGCCUCGAUAUGCCUCGAUGUAUCAGUCCGAACGGCGGACGCCUCGACGACUUCGCGGCCCUCAUGACUUGCUUCUUCUGGUUCGAAACCAUGGACACGAUACGCACAGCCGAGCAUAUCAAGGACCGCCGGCCAACCGAACCCCUCCCGCGGCUGUCACAGUAUACCGAGCCUUGCCCAGCCUACAAGAAGUGGGUUCACGGCAUUCUCACCACAACGCAAGUCACUCAGAACGUGGUGCUGCUGGCCUUGCUCUUCGUCUACAGGCUCAAGAAGACCAACCCCAAGGUGAACGGCAACCCUGGCAGCGAGUACAGGCUAUUGACUGUGGCUUUGAUGCUGGGCAACAAGUUUCUGGACGAUAACACUUAUACCAACAAAACCUGGGCCGAAGUCAGCGGCAUCUCGGUUCGGGAGAUCCACGUCAUGGAGGUCGAGUUCCUCAGCAAUAUGCGUUAUGGACUGCUUACAUCGAAAGACCAGUGGCAGGAUUGGCUGUCGAAGCUCGCUUGCUUCCAUGAGUACUGCGAGGUAGCCAAGGCGGAUGAGAUGCACCGCCAGACUGCCUCGGUCGCCGCGGCUCUCAGCGCCGUGUCGCCCUCGCACUCCCGGUUCUCGUCACCCUUGCCAUCUCCGACCAACAUCUUACCCUCCAGCAUGCCAAGCGCGCCAUCUCCCCUCCAUGCCUUUGCCGCAUCUGCUGUCGCCCCGAUCCCAGUGGCGCAGAACUGGCCCACCACUUACCACCCCGCCCCAUCGGUAUCUCCCCAUGCUGCGAAGCCGAGCCAGGGAUUGGCACGCAAGCGUAGUCUGGAUGGCAGCACAGACGUCUUUGAGCCUGCAGCAAAGAGGAUGCCGCGGCAACCCCCGACGGGCCCGACAGCCAUGCCUCGCCAUGCGAUGCCCACUUCCGAUGCUGUGCGUUUGCCUGUGCCUCAGCUGUCUGUCGAUACGAACCAGAAUUUUGUGAGCCAGCAGGCACCCGCAGCGAUUCCGCAGACAACGUUUCACCCAGUCUCGCUGCCACCCCUGGGGCAAGGCAUGCGGGCCAUGGCGACGGUCUAUCCUCCUGUCAGCGCUCCUGUGACUACCUGGGCUACGCAACCCCCCGUCAUGGCGCCGAGCGGCCCCCAAACUCCAACAGGCAUGUCUGCCUCGCACUUUGGCACUCCUUCGAAGCGCCACAGCCCCGGCAGUGUGGUACAAUUUGCAUCCUCGCCAUUGGCUGAUCCUUACGCCGCGCUCACGCCCAUCUCAAACUCUCCUUCAAUUUACCUACAGCAGCGCGCUAGUCCCUACAAGCCAAUUCGCCGCGUCAACACCCUCCUCUAUCCGCCACCCUCGAUGCCUCUGACGGAGUAUCACCUGGGAUCUACUCAGAUGCACUACCAGCCACUUGGCCGGAGGAACGACCUGCGGACAGGUAUCGUGCCCGAGUUCUUAGGAUCCGGCCAGAUGCAGAUGCGCUAUCUCACACACACGCCAACCCAUCAGCAACCACAACAACAACAGCCGCAUCCUCACCAGCACCAGCCACACUACUAG